CGCGCGGGGUGGGGCCCGGCGGGUACACGCUCGCUGCGUCUACGUGCUGACGCCAGGACGCCCCGGCCGGUGUGUGUCGGUGUGUAUGUGUGUGAGUGUGUGUGUGUAUGUGUGUGUGAGUGUGCGCGCUCCGAGUGUGUGUAUUUGUGUAUCGGCGGUCCCGCAGGUCCCGGAUGUUGCGGACAGUAUGAAGCUAGCUCAAGGGGACGGGGACCAGCAGCUGUCGCCGCCGCUCUCAGAGCGAUCCUGCUAGACAAGAGAAAUUAGUUUUCCUGCUGACUUGACUUGGGUGAAGAAAGAAUAGAAAUCUUUGCCCCUUGACUUUGAAAAUCUUGUUUAACCUUCAAACUGGCGAUGUCAAGGGUUCCAAGUCCUCCACCUCCGGCAGAAAUGUCGAGUGGCCCUGUAGCUGAGAGCUGGUGCUACACACAGAUCAAAGUAGUGAAAUUCUCCUACAUGUGGACCAUCAAUAACUUUAGCUUUUGCCGCGAGGAAAUGGGUGAAGUCAUUAAAAGUUCAACUUUUUCAUCAGGAGCCAAUGAUAAACUGAAAUGGUGUUUGCGAGUAAACCCAAAAGGGCUAGAUGAAGAAAGUAAAGAUUACCUGUCACUUUACCUAUUAUUGGUCAGUUGUCCAAAGAGUGAAGUUCGAGCAAAAUUCAAAUUCUCCAUCCUGAAUGCUAAGGGAGAAGAAACCAAAGCUAUGGAGAGUCAGCGAGCUUAUAGGUUCGUGCAAGGCAAAGACUGGGGAUUCAAAAAAUUCAUCCGUAGAGAUUUUCUCUUGGAUGAAGCCAAUGGACUUCUCCCUGAUGACAAGCUUACCCUCUUCUGUGAGGUUAGUGUGGUACAAGAUUCCGUCAAUAUUUCUGGCCAGAAUACCAUGAACAUGGUGAAGGUUCCUGAGUGCCGGUUGGCAGAUGAGUUAGGAGGGCUGUGGGAGAAUUCCCGGUUCACAGACUGCUGCUUGUGUGUUGCUGGCCAGGAAUUUCAGGCUCACAAAGCUAUCUUAGCAGCUCGUUCUCCAGUUUUUAGUGCCAUGUUUGAACAUGAAAUGGAGGAGAGCAAAAAGAAUCGGGUUGAAAUCAACGAUGUGGAGCCUGAAGUUUUUAAGGAAAUGAUGUGCUUCAUUUACACGGGAAAGGCUCCAAACCUUGACAAAAUGGCUGACGAUUUGCUGGCAGCUGCUGACAAGUAUGCCCUGGAGCGUUUGAAGGUCAUGUGUGAGGACGCCCUCUGCAGUAACCUCUCUGUGGAGAAUGCCGCAGAAAUUCUCAUCCUGGCUGACCUCCACAGUGCAGAUCAGUUGAAAACUCAGGCAGUGGAUUUCAUCAACUAUCAUGCUUCGGACGUUUUGGAGACCUCUGGGUGGAAGUCAAUGGUGGUGUCGCACCCCCACUUGGUGGCUGAAGCAUACCGCUCUCUGGCUUCAGCACAGUGCCCUUUCCUGGGGCCCCCACGCAAACGCCUGAAGCAGUCCUAAAUCCUGCCAGUUGUGAGACUCCGUUUAUUUUCCAGAAGCAGAAGCCACUGCUGCUGCCAUUGACCACCAGGUAGACAGGACAGCGCAAUCUGGAGCUUUUACUCUGUUGUGGGAAAAGACUGCAUCAUGGCCCCAGACUUUUAAAACAGCACUAAAUAACUUAGGGGAACGGGGGGAGGGACGGGCCCAGGACUGGGGGCUACUCAACCUAAUGAAAACCCUGUUGCCGUGUCACCGUGUUCCCUUUGGCCUGGCCAAGUCUGACACUGGGAUUCAGUUUAGGCACUGGCCCCAAGCACAUCCCAGCGGUGGUACUUCGGAGAAACCUACCUGCAUCUGACUGAGCAGAACAAAUCGUCAGGUGCCUGGAGCAAAAAGGAAAAAGAAAAAAGAAAGAGGACAUUUAGUUUUAAGAGAAGGGAAAAGGAAAGAAGAAUUUUUGCAAAAUUUUUCAAAAAUCAGUUUGUGGAUUCCAAUAGUAUUUAUGUUAAAAGAAGCAAAUUUUAGUCCUUCCAGUUGUGCUAAAACUUGGAUGUUUGUGAACAUUCCUCACUAUCAUACAAGUAUGAGAAGACAUCUCAUUGUUAGCACUUAUUGUUUGCAAGAACGGAGUCUAUCUUUGUAUCCUCUUAUGAAAAGUGACAAAUGAAAGCAGAAGGGGAAAGGAGGUCAUUUGAUCUGGAAGAUGAGUGUUUUGAUGGUAGUAGCUUUUGCAAAAAUCUUUAUUGGUGUUGAAAACUGGAAAAAAUAAUUCAUCCAGAAUUUAUACUGUCUUGAUAAGAACAAUGGUUCUCUGUUUUUAGAUAUUGUGGAAAAUGUUUUUUGGCAUUUUUCUCUGAUUUUAUUUCUCUUCCCUCCCCUCCCUUUUUUCUAAGAAAAAAAAAUACAGGCAAAAAAACAAACAAACAAACAAAACUAGGAAACACACAAAAAAGCAAAGAGAAAAGGAAAUUUUAUUAUUAAUACUGUGUGAAAAACAAAUCCUAGCCCAGAUUGCUCAGCUGUUCAUACCUGACUUGCCGCCUGCAUAGGAGCCAGUCCUGUUCCUUCUGAUUAGCUCCUCUUCCUACCGGGGAGAACUUCCAAAUGUUAAGUUUUUUCUUUUUGAAAAUAUAAAUAAUUACUAUUUUGUA